CACUCAUGCCUUGCACUAUGCAGUACACACUGAAUACACACAUUCGCUUUCUCUUGUUGAUCACAGGAGGUUUAACACAGUGCUUGGCACUGAAGCAUAUUUCGGUAAUGCGAGGAGACACUCUGACUUUGACAUGCCCUAUCAAAAGUAUGAAGGAUGCAGUGGAGUGGAGAAACCCAGAUGGCUUAAUUAUGUUCUUCAACAAAGACAAAGUUUUGAAGGAGAAAAGGAACCAAUUCGUCGCUUUAACCAAAUCGAAAUUUUCAAUACAAGUGACUGAUAUAACAUUCAGAAAUGGAGGUGUUUACAAAUGUUUACGUUACAACAAGCAAGCCUCGACGAAAAGAUAUAAAGUUAUUGUUGUAGGUGCUCCAAAGCUGGAAAAGUUCGAGCAAGAGGAUAAAGUUAUUGUUAAAUGCUCUGCUUCAGCGAAUGAACAUCCACCCAAACUCUCAUGGAUAAUGGACAAUGGCCUAGAGAUUCAUCCUCUCCCAUACUAUGAGUUAAAAAAUGCAUCCAACAAAUUCACGGCUAGUAGCCAGCUGAAUGUCAAUAUUCCUAAAAAGAGAGUUACAGUGAAGUGCGUGGUUCGUCAUCCAGCUCUCUACGGUUCCACAGUGGAAAACUUCAUACACUUAGGAAUGCAGAAUGAAGACACAACAACCUCAUCAAAACAUUUAACUACCACACUUGGUUCUACAGAGAGCACAGUCAUUCCAACCAUUUUUAGCAGUACAAGCUUCACCAAUAGUCAUUCAGAGUCAAAAACAACAAAUGACAGUAAAACAACAGUAAACGAAACCACAGAAGACACUUCAUCAAAUGGCCGCACAAGCAUUUUAAGCAACAACACUACUGCAAAUGAAACUACAGAAACAAUAUCUGAAACAACAGAGGGCACAUCAGCAAAUAAAACUACUGAAAUACUAUCUGAAACAACAGAGGGCACACAAUUAAAUACCAGCAUCGAGUCAUCAAGCAAUAAUACUGGGAAUGAAAACUUGCAUGUAGACAGACAAAGAAAAAAGGGAAAUUCUGCUUUGCUUGUGAUGCUGGUCACAUGCCUCAUCAUCUGCCUGUUUGUGGUGCUUACAUUCUUCCUGGUUCGCCUCAGGAAAGCACAUGUUGCCUGGAAAAAAGAGAAUGAAGAGUCUGAUCAGUCAGUAGAGAGCAGCAAAUCAAAAUCUAGCAGUGAAGAGAGGCAAAAACAGCAACAGAGAGGACAAGGCUUUUGGAACACCAGUUUCACAAAAUACAAAGCAGAGGAAACACCAGAGACGGAGACUCAGACCACAUCUGCUUCUGUAAAAGUCGAUAACUCACAGCACUUUAUCUCCGGAUCUGGCAUCAAAGAAACUGAACUAUGAACAAUACGAGUCUGUAAUACCUAACGAACCUUGGUUAGACAUUGGUGCUUGAAUUUGUAUGUUUAAAUAAUAAGCUAAAAACAGUUUGCUUUUUAUAUAUUUUGUAUGUUUUUACUAUAAAAAUGUUGCUAAAAUUAAUUGUAUAUGUGAGUAUGUAUAUAUUUUGUGAAUAAAUAAGUUUAUUUUUUUAUAAAUCUUGUUUGUCCUCUUUUAUUGAACUCUACUUAUAGGAUACCAGCAAAACAUAUUUACUCUCAAACAUUAAAAUUCUGUUGUCAACAAAGCUAAAUGGAGCUACAUUGGACAAUCUAAAAGAAAAAA